AAUCAAAUUUGAGUGUGCGUAAAUCGCUAACCGACUGUUUUCAUGUUUAAAUUGUCUCUAUUUCGUUUAUAAAGUAUUCGAAUGUGAAUCUAAUAAGUGAAAUAAUUAUUUAAAUUAACGAUGCAUUUUAAAAGUAAAAUAUUUUUUAUAUCGUCGAUAUUCUUUGUUACGAUAAGAUCAGUUGAUUCGAUAAAUUGCUACCAGUGUUCAGGGACCGAUUCAGAGAACCCUUUUGAAUGUAACGAGUUCUUAGAUAGCGAUACAGAUAUAGUAGCGACCGAUUGUGCGACCAUCCAUGAUGCUCAAUAUUGCAUCAAGCAUGUCGGUAGAUUCGAAGGUUUAGCAAUAGAAUGUUACCAAUGUAACUCCUCUAACACUUUGGAAUGUGGUGAUGGUCUCAUUAAUUUAGACGGAGGAUAUUUAAAGCCAACUCCUUGUGAUCAUGUUUACAAUGCUCAAUAUUGCAUUAAGCAAUCAGGUGGGAUUAGUACAAAAAGAUUCUGCUCAUCGUUAGAUUUGGGCAAUUAUUGUAACUAUGUUGCUCAGCCCGGAGACAAACUGGAAUACAGGACAUGUAUCUACACUUGCAGCAGUGAUGGAUGUAAUUCAGCUGUAGAUGUGAAAAUAUCUGCGACAUUAUUUAUAUUCAUAUUUAUUUCAUUUAUGUUCACAUAAUGUGACAUUUUGACAUUUGUGUUGUGGCUACCUCUGACAUUGCCUAGUUUAGAAUUUACAUCCAGACUGAUUAUUAAUCUGUAAAAAUAUAUUUUGUUUAUUUUAAUUGAUCAUUCCAUUUUAUUCUCUGUAAUGUAAG